CGUCAAACUUUGGAGAGUAUGCAGAUUCUCGCGAGAAGAGUGUGAACGUGCGAUGGAUUGGUGAGUGACAUUGAGAGUGACCACCAGGAAGAGAGAAAAAGGCUCAUCGAUCGAGGAGGUUAAGCCCACCUCUGAAAUCCUCAAUGAAAUUUUGUUUCACGACGCAUAGAAAAACGGACGAAGGCAACAUUCUCGAGUUAAUUCAGUGACUACUCACUGCAAUCAUGUAUGGAUGUUUUACAAUAAAUGACUUUGUGUAGCUUCUAUCACUCGUUUUCUCUUCUAGUCAGGGCUCUUCUAGUACUGAAAAGAAUAUCUAUACUUUGUUGAAAAAAAUGGCUCGCACAAAAGAAGACGACGCGGAGCAGCCAUUUUCUGAGCGGUUGAAAGAUGGCGCCGACAGGUGUUGCCAAUACUUGCAACAGUACUCAGUAGAGCGGUAUCUUCAGCUCUUUGUUUUCAUCAUGAUCAUCUUUUCCGUAACGAACAUUGGGAUAUCUAGAACAGGCGAGUAAAAAAGCGAGCAAUCUUAUCCAAGUAUCUGUUCUUCGUGUAUAGAACCGCCAAGAUUGAUACGUGAAUCGCGAGGUGAGUAGUACGCUGUUGGAGUUUUUCUACUUGUUACUCAUGAAAGAAAGUAGAAAUAAC